AUGGUCACAGCUUCCAUCCGUGCCUGGAAGAUAGCGGGCCGGUCGUUGAGACAUGCUGCUGGCAACCUCCGUGGCUGCGCGACCACACAGAGUCCCGGUGGCUUCUUCCAUGCGGUCUCUUGCUUCAGGGAACGUUGGACUUCCAGAUGCCACUACUUCGUUCACGUUGGCAAUUGCAUCGUGUUGCUUGCCAUCAAUCAGAAAGACAUGCUGCACUUGCGGACCCUCUCGGUGACCGCCUCCUGCUGUGGCAUCGCUUACAAUCUGCUGCAACCGACACCUCUAUGGGCGCCAGCUGCGUGGGGCGCUUUCUUCAUUUCUUGUCAUCUGUAUUAUAUCACUCACUUACUUCGUGAUCGGGUGGGCAUUACCAUGGAUCCAGAUCAUGAGGCCGUCUAUGAGAGGGCCUUCAUGCCCCACGGCUUCACCCCGCGGCAGUUCCUCAAGAUCCUUCAGGCGGCCUCGGGGCGGAUUGAAGAGGCCAGCUGUGGAGCUUACAUCUGCCGCCAAGGAGAGGCGAAGAAGUGGAUCCACUAUCUCCUGGAGGGCGAGGCGAUGCUGAUUGACAAGUCCGAGGACAAAGUGGUGAACAUCUUGCCGGGCAAAGGCGGCUGGCUGGGCGAGUUCUUUGAUCCUGCAGCUCCCGAGGACCACUGGGACGCGCCACGCGCGCAUCAGGUGUCCUUCAAGUGCAUUGCCCAUCGCUGUCGAUUUCUCACGUUAGAAAUCAGCCCGUUGCACAAAGCAAUCCUGGCCAGCGAUCUGGCUGAAGCAGCAACUCGCGCGGAAGUCUCUGAUCUGUGGGGAAAACUGCACGGUUCUCAUCACGAACAUCGAAGGAACACCUACAGUGCAAUGCUAGAACUGGCCGUCGCAGAUGGCAAGGUGGACGCCAAAGAGGUUGAGCUCCUUGAAAAAUGGAAGACCCGACAUGGGAUUCCGGAGGAUGAUCAUCAGGUGAAGUUGGCGGAGCUGGGUUGGACUACCGAGGACUUUUUUCCGGGUUUUUCGGGAGUAAAGAUAGAAUGA